GUGUAAACAUGUCGGGAAACGAGAAGCUGAGGAACGAGAAGCUGACUCCGGUUCAGCUCAACGCGAUUUAUCUGGAGAAAAUCGGAAAAGAGCAGCGACACCAGAGGCUCCACACCGAGUUCAGCAUCAACCCUCACAAGAGACUUCAUGUCCUGACAGACAAACCCAUGUCCAGGAAACCAACAGAGCUGAUUGAGGAGGAUUCUGCCUUCAUCGAGGCCUUCCACAAAGCUCGUCUGGAGCCCACCAAGAAGUAUUCAAUGCCCCUGACUGAGAGUCAAGAGAUAGGAUGGGUUUCAGAUCCACUGAUUCCAUCCAACUGCCAAGACCAGAGGUUUAACUUCCACCGGGCGAGCACCGACGUCACCAGACACACAGAAAGUGCCCUGAGGAAAUACAAUUAAACCCUCAGGCUGCAGAUCUCCAUGAAGUGAAACACACAUGUCCAUAUGUAUUAGUGUGUAACACAAAAUAUGAAGGUGUCACCAAACUAAGAAACACAGCAGCACAGGUCCACACAAAGCUAACACAGCCACCACAUGCUAAUCAUAUUAAUGAAUGGGAAAGGGCGACGCUGACGGCUGCUCAAUAUCAGGAAAUGUCAAGUCACACAAGAGCGAAUCGAUGAGUCAUGUUGUUGGAAAUAAACAAAAUCCUCCAAACUCUGAACAGCAAACAGACAAUGUAGUUGUUGUAAGGCCAGACAGGUUCUGAAGCUGUUCAGGAGUUUCUCUUACAGAUAGCAAGAAGGUGGCAGGAGACUUGUGGUGAACACGUCCGACUCAAGACAGAGGAAAAGGUCGAGAGCGUUUAGACAAGUGGAGUCUGGGAGGAGCUGCUCUAAACUUCACAAGCUCCUGAAUGUUGAUUGUAUUAACCCUGGUGGAAAUCUCUGUGUAUUUGUGAUCCUGAGAUAUUUGUAUUACGAUAAUUUACAGUUUUUCAGUAUUAAACAACAUCAACAACA